GUGACAGUAAACAUUUUUAUGGUGUCAUUUGGGAAUCCGAUUUUUUUGUAAAUCUUUACGAAUUUUGGAGUUUUGUGUGUAAUUAUGUAUUUUCAAACGAUACGCGCCGGGCAAAAACUUAUAUUGGGGCAGUUAUUUAAACCUGAUAGGUCCGAAUUGCUCCGCAUGUCUCCUGGUCUGCUAAACUUCGUCAGCUACAGAUACAAAGGGCAUGAGAUUAAGUUCACGCCUUACGUGAAGCCACCACCAAUGGAUCAUGAUUACAAAAAUAUGGCUGUGAAGAGACCGAUGUCACCACACCUGACGGUGUACGCGCCCACCGUACCCUCAAUGACUUCGAUAGCCCAAAGAGCUACAGGUUGCGUCUUAACAUUUUACGCAUUCAGUUUGGCUGUCGGCGCUCUGUUCUUCUCCAAUGGUGUGGAAUCUUACGUGUCUAUGAUACAAAGCCUUGGACUUGGCUAUAUAAGCACCGUUGUAAUCAAAUUGAUACUCGGUUUUCCAUUCGCCUAUCAUUAUUUCAACGCCAUUCGCUACGUAAUAUGGAACAUGGCGAAAAUGUUGGAUAUGAAAUCGGUUUACCAAACUGCCAGCCAGGCGGCCAUCGCUGCAGUAGUUCUAGCUUUUCUUUUUGCACUAAUAUAGACAUUGUCAAAUAUCUACAGUUUCACAUAUUGCACAAUUAUUCACUAGCUUGUUUAAAUAUUGCGACAACUCGGCUUGUUUACAUGCUAGGCAAACUGUUUAGACUGCCUAAAAUGUAAAUAAACUGCACCAAUACGGCCUUUUAUAAAAAAAAAGUUGGCUACCAGACGAUACGAUACGAUAUUUGUGAACCAGUGUCCAGAGCACUGGACACUGGUUCACAAAUAUCAACCAGUCUUGUUAACGAUAUUCGGAUGAAAUAAUUCGCCCCUAGGCUAAAUUUAUACCGAAAAUCUAAUUUUUUGAAGCGAAAAUUGAAUUUGCAGUAUCUUUUGCUGAUUUUAUAUUUAUUUUGCUGAUUAAAUUUAAAAUUAAGAAUCAAAUAAGUAUGUGACUAUAAUAUAAUUAUCUUUUUUAUAAUUCUACGAAAUGAUCGCGUUAUCAAUGUUUUUAUUUAAAAAAUGAUGUAAAAUUAAUUGGACUUCUUUUAAAAGUCCUAAUUUAAUAUUAUACUAAAGUUUUGUAACAAUUUAAAAUAGAUCGGAAGUUGUGCAUAGAUUUUUACGAUAUUAUUGUUGUAUGGACCCAGGCGCCGUUAGUUUAGUUUGAGUUGACAAAUACCACAGAUUUCCCGUUCAAUAGUUUAUUGUGUAAGUUACACUAGUUUAGUUAGUGAGAUUUAAAUCGUGGGUAUCGUUGUAAUCAACUCACAUCACAAAAUACAAUAUUAAUUAAAUCGACUCGCGAAAGUAGGUCGCGCGACAUUAGCAAAAUAAAUGCCUGUACGUAAACCGUACAAUUGUGUAUAUCUCAAUCAAGAUUUAAUUCAAAUUAAAUUAUUUCUAAUACAUAUUAUUUGUUUAACAUUUUCUACAAAAAACCUCUGACAUUAGAGUUUCAAAAAAUUAAUAAUCCCAUAGGAGUUUUACCCGUACUGUGUCCGUUCCCGUAAGGUUUCGGUGAUAAAGACUGCCCUAUGUCCUAUCCCAGGUCGCAAAGCAUUAUUGUACCGAUGUACCACUGUUGUAAUUUCAAUCAAAUGGGUACAAUGGUUUAAAUUAUAGAGAUUGUCGGGAUUUUAACGUUCUCUACAUUCCCGUACUCGUGGGAUUUUCGGGAUGAAAACGAUCAGACGUCCUUUACCGGUCUCAAGCUAUCAUUGUAUCGAAUUUCACUCAAAUAAGUUUAGUGGUUAAGAGAUACAGAGUCCCAGGACUUAAACGGAUAAUUCCCGUAUCCAUGAGAUUUUCGGGAUAAAACUAUUAUAUGUCGUUUCCCAAGUCUUAAACUAUCGUUGUACCGAAUUUAAUUGAAAUAGGUUCAAUAAUUUUUAAACUAUGACGAUGGCAAGAAAGCACACGGCCUACCUGAUGGUAAGAUCGUAACUUUACCCUUUAUAAGGCAAAGGGAAUAUCUUUACCACCAUGUUUACUUCAUCGAAAAGUUCAGUGAAUAUUACAAAACGCAUAUUUUAAUAAACCACAAAAAGUUUUAUUUUAAUGUUAUGCCUAAUGUAGGGUUAAAUAAUACAGAGUAUUGACAUUACAGUAUAGCUCCCGUUCUUCAGAUAUUUCCGAGAUAUUACUCUGAUAAUAAUGUGUCAUAAUAAAAAUCAUAAUUAGUAAUUAGAUGAAAAAACUAUGUAUUGUGGCAUAACUGUAAUAAUAGUGACAUAAUAAUAUUGUAGAUUUUUACGUUGAUAUCACUUCGCUCUAUCGUCUAUAAUUUCCACAACUUAAGCAAUAUAUUAUGCAGUUUUAUGGUAGGGGUUUCACAUAUCAUUUCAUACAUAAUAAAAAUUUAUAUUUUUAGUCUCUUAUUAAAUAUAUUAUUUUCAAGGAUAAUGUAAGAUUUUAAUGGUAAAAUAUUUUUUUAUAUUUCACCAGUAGUUUGUAGUAAAUUUUUCUUAUAAUCUUUUUAUAAUAGUAGUGUAGAUUUUUACUAUGUAAUCAUUUUAAUUGAUUUUACUGUUUUAUUUUAAUUUUUAAACAAUAUUGUGCAAGUGUUAAUAAUCGUUAAAAUAUUAUAAUGUAUAUACAUAUUACCUAUUGCCCCUGGUGCGCUA